ACCCUAAACCCUUUUUGCUUUUCACUAGCAAAUAACUCUCAUGCCUCACCCUAAACACUGAUGCUACUCCGUAAAUAACCACAACACUCCGAUCAAAACCCCAACACUCCAUGAAGAACCCCAACAUUCUAAAGAACAUCGCUAGUGCUCGCAAUGCCUCUGUCGGCGCUCCCUUUUCCGGCACUCCCAUGCACCAUCGCUGCUCCUACCAUAAAACCCUAACCCUCUUCUCGGUGGUGACUCUCUCUAGCGGUGACUCCCUCGGUACUCACUGUCCCUUGUAAACCCUCCGUCGAUGCUCCCUUCGCCAUCGUUCCCUUCUGUCGUUGCAAAUCCCCAACCCCUUCCGCCACCACUUCCUUCCGUCGCUCGAAAGAAACCCUUCCUCUUACAGGGCCGAGUUGGUUUUGAGACCUUUGCUACCACUGUUAUGUUUUGAGACCUUGAAAGAAACCCUUCCUGGUGCAGAGCUCAAAAGAAACAUUGCUUCAAUGCUGGUUUUGAGAGCUGGACUAGAUGCCCUUGCAAUUGCAAAACGUGAAGGUUCUCAAAAUGAUGGAGUGUUCAGGGUCCCGAAACCAAGGACAAUUUCUAUUGCAGCAUAUGCAGAGGGUGAAGAUAAGUCUGAGUCUACUGUUAUUAAGGAUGAAAGCGGGCUUGAUGGAACUGCUAGUAAAGACAGACAAGCUAAUACGAGAUACCAAAAAUCAACCAAUGAAUCAUCACAAGCAGAAAAUUCUGUUACUGAAGAUCAUGAUGGUGAUUCAUAUGGGACUCGUUCAAAGGAGCAUCGGGGUUCAAAUAAUUAUGCAGGGCAGUGGUAAAAAAAAUUUUGCUCACAAUGGAUGAUCAGUAAUCAUGAAGUUUCAUAUUUUGUAAUGAAGUAUGUAAAGGAAGUAAAUAAUGUAAUACUUGUUGGAAUUGUAAUUCAUGUAUUAGGAAUUCAUGGGUAGUUGUUAUGACUUUGAUUUUUGGUAUUUUGUUAGAGCAUGUCAUGUGAUCAAACACACUUUUUGGUGACAAGUUUAUGAAGGUUGGAUUAGUUGAU